ACUCAGAAUGAAAAGAAGUACUUCUGUCAGCGUUGUCUCAAUCACGACCUACAAUUUCCAAGGAAAGGUCACAAACCUGUGUGCAAAUAUGCCAACUGCACCUGUAGCGAUUGUAUCAUGGUCGAGCAACGAAGGCAGCUGAACAACAUGCUGAGCAAAUCUAAAAUGGCCGAGUCGCCCAGGGAGACGGUGAACGGGCGUCGAGUCCGUGACCCCCAGUGCGCUCGAUGUCGUCAGCAUGGAAUUCGAGUUCCGCUCAGAGGGCACAAAAGGGUCUUGUGUCAGUUUGCAAACUGCAAAUGCGAAAUGUGCGAACUCGUUGAAGACCGACGUUCACUGAUGGCGAAGCAGAUAAAACUACGACGCGAUCAGCAACGACAACGGAAUAAUAUGGACGAUAGGCACAGCUCAGAUAGUACCGGCGAGCAUGACCUGACCGGUGGUUCUCGGAACGAAGCCGAAAGUAAAGCUGAAUAUAUGAGCAACGUCGGUUUAGGAAAAGGAUGCUGA